GCGUCUGUGAUGUGAUUGGCUGCCUCUUCAGCCUCCCGGCGUGUCGCUAUAAAACCCAGCACAGUCUCUCGGGCCGCUCCAGAGCGCACCCGGAGCCGGAGUGGAGGACCCCCCCCCUGGACGCACGGCGGGGACUCGCUGGAAAACACCGUGAACUUACACUGCUGAAAACCCACCGAAAAUAAUCGCAAUUAUCGAUUAAGCAUCUGACCAAUCAGUGGAACUCUGCUGGAAUAUCGAUCGGAAACCUUUGAACUUGGACCACAGCUACAACACCGCGGUUCUGGACAGACAAGCUCGACCCAUGGUGCCAGGCCCGGAGCAAGACUCUGUGUGUGGCUGUGUGUGAGUGUUUGAGUAUGCGUGUGUGUGAGUGCCUGUAAGUGUGUUUUUUUUUUUUGACUGCUGUGUGCCUUUGAGUGAGUGAACGUCUUGCUGUGUGAGUGCGAGGCUCGUGUAAGGAUGAGGCCCUUCAUUCUGCUGUGUCUCCUGAUGGCCGUGGAGGCAGGAGCCUCGAGGUUCGUCCGCGACUCCCAGGGCGGCUCCGAAGCGUCAGAACCCUCCAAGAACAACUCCUCCGUCCCGCUCCCACCCAUACAGCCGGCCCGGCCUCGGGGCUCCUUCCCCCCCAUGUGCAUAAAUCCCACGGAGAUCAAGUACGCCUUCAAGUAUGUGAACACCAUCGUGUCCUGUCUGAUCUUUGUGGUGGGGAUCAUCGGCAACUCAACCCUGCUCAGGAUCAUAUAUAAGAACAAGUGCAUGAGGAAUGGACCCAAUGUCCUGAUUGGCAGUCUGGCACUGGGGGAUCUGCUUUAUAUCAUCAUCGCCAUCCCCAUCAAUGUGUUUAAGCUAUUAGCCGAGGACUGGCCAUUCGGGGUGUAUGUCUGUAAGCUGAUGCCGUUCAUCCAGAAAGCUUCAGUGGGAAUCACCGUCCUCAGCCUGUGUGCCCUCAGUAUUGACCGCUACCAUGCCGUGACGUCGUGGAGCAGGGUGAAGGGGAUGGGGAUCCCACUGUGGAAGGCUGUGGAAGUCACUUUGAUCUGGCUGGUUGCUGUGCUGCUCGCAGUCCCUGAGGCGCUGGCAUUUGACAUGUUGGAGAUGCCAUACAGAGGCAACAAGCUGCGCGUGUGUCUGCUGCAUCCAGAGCAGACCAGCAGCUUUAUGAAGUUCUACCAGGAUGUGAAAGACUGGUGGCUGUUUGGCUUCUAUUUCUGCCUCCCACUGGCCUGCACAGGAAUCUUCUACACACUCAUGUCCUGUGAGAUGCUCAGCCGCAAAAAAGGCAUGCGCAUCGCACUCAACGACCACAUGAAACAGCGGAGGGAAGUCGCAAAGACGGUGUUCUGCCUCGUGUUGAUUUUUGCUCUCUGCUGGCUGCCCCUUCAUCUCAGCCGUAUUCUGAAGAAAACAAUCUAUGACCAAAAUGACCCCAACCGCUGUGAACUGCUCAGCUUCCUGUUAGUGAUGGAUUACAUCGGCAUCAACAUGGCCUCCUUAAACUCCUGCAUUAACCCGAUUGCCCUCUACUUUGUCAGCCAGAAGUUUAAAAACUGCUUCCAGUCCUGCCUGUGCUGCUGGUGCUACAGAACGUCUCCCCUGGAUGAACGAGGCUCAGGAGGACGCUGGAAGGGCUCUUGCCACGGGAACGGACUAGACCGCUCGAGCUCCCGCUCCAGUCAGAAAUACACAAGCUCUUCAUAAACACAUCACAGCCGCCUCUGCCACACCCAUGUUCCCAUUAGCUCCCAUCGUGGAGAAACAGCGAUGUCACUGCCAACAGACCGGGAAAGGGAAAAAUGGAGCGAGGUAGAAGGUAGAGGCAGAAGAACUGCGAUAAAAAGGAUCGACCCAAACUGAUGAUGAAACAGGACUGUACCUGUUCAGGCUGUAAUACUAACGGCAAAAACUAUGAUGCAGGGCAAAAAUCAUCAUCAUACAUCAUGCAAAAAUCUGUUCAUACUCCAACACUGAGGCUUGUGUAGAGGACUAAAAGUCUCUCAGUGGACCAACAUGGUAAAUACAUUUAUAAAAAAAAUGUUUAUUAACCACAUGUAAAUUUAUGUACAGGAUUAUCUACAUGCAGAUUGCAGAUGUAUGAUUAUAUCUAGCCUUAGUGCUUCAUGUAUGAAUAACAGCACUGAUGAGUACUAUCUGUUGAAGCUUUGAUACCUCACGGGGGGAAACAUAGACGGAAACUGUGACCCUGAGUUAUUUUCCAAAAAGCCUCAAAGGUUGCGAGUCUUUUUUUUGCAAAACUGCACACGGGUGCUCCUGCAUACAAACGCAAUCAGUAGCUGAUUAUCUGACAAUCCAUGCAUGUUGUCAUUGAGCUCCUCAACGGCCAUGUGCCCUGGUGACAUCAUACCAGAGUAAAAUGGGCCCCACUGUGUGUCAUGUGGAGAGUUGAACAUCGGAAAUCAUCGCUGCUUUAAGUCAUGUGGAGGGCAGCUGUUGUUCAAGAACGCUGACAAAUACCAGAUGAUUCCCAUCAUGCUAUGCAGAAGAGGUCAUUAUUAGACCUGUUAUUAUUGCAUUAUUUUUAAGUGGUCUCUGUUUCCACUGUGUAUAAAGUCUUAUCCUGUCUCUUACAAUGUAGCUUUUAUUUUUCUAAGAAAAUAUCAAACGUGAAGCUCGUUUAAUCGUCCAACAUGAGGUGUUCAUUUAUGAUUUCCAAAUAUUUUACCUCCGUCAGUGAGUGGUCAUGUAACGUAGAUGUUCCUGUGGCUGGAAAUUACUCUCAGAAUUACUUCUAAGAGCUGCUUGAGGAAUACAUGUUUUAGGAUUGACCAAUUUAAAGCUUUAGGAAGGAAAAAGAAAUCCUGUACACCUGGAUGCUUUUUUAAGAAGUGAAUGUUUUUACGUAAUGAUCAUAGGAAUUAUUAAGAUAUAUUAGUUGUUUCCAUUAAAUAUAAUCCAGGUAAAAUUCAAGAUCUCUAAAUCAUUUAACAUAUUUAACCAUCAUUUGUGAAGGAGAGAUACAAGCUAAAGAAGGAUCCUGUAAUGAUCUAUUUCUCAUUUUGUAUGUGGGGUGCAACACAGCGAGAGAAAUUUGUUCCUAAUAUUUUAUGAUGACUUCAGUUAGGACGUCUGUGGCUAGAGCUAGCUGCAAGUACCCAAUAGUCAUACACUUGUGAUGAAUCUUGUGAUGCCAACACAUCAAGGAAAAAAAAACACAAUUUCUGGCUCUUUAAAAAGUCUGACAUAAGGACAAACUGCAGGUUGAUAGUAAGUCUCUUAACCUUAACUUCCCCAGGCAGGAUACAUGGAUUGUGUGUUAUAGAUGACCUGGACGAAUCAAAGUUUUCAACACUGGCAGUAGUGAGAGCAUAUACUGAUAACACAAGCACAAGAUGAACCCAUUUUAUCCGGUUGUUUUGUUGUGUCUCAGUACAUCGUGACUAAGAUUGGAAACCUGGAAAGUUUUCUACAUCAAACUAAUAAGCAAAAGUGUCCUCUUUCAAAACCAAAUUUGCGCUGACGAACCAGACAAGGUGUUUGUUCACACUGAAGCCUUUUAAAGUAGACUUGAUUGAUGUAAUAUAAUAUAUAAAUUUUUCCUUUGCCACUGUAUUUGCAACAGCACUCAGAUCAUCUGAUCAUGCAGUACGUGACUCAUUAACUCAUCAUAUCUAUUUAUGCCAUCUUCGCUGUGCUUUUAGUUACAUCUAAAAGCGACUGUGUACUGGAAGGUCUGAGCAGCUUUGAGGCUGUCUUUAUAGAGGGACCACCAAGCUAAUACAUGUAGAAGUGAUGCAAGGUUGAAGAUGAAAUGUAAUGUGAAUAUCGGCCCUGGUGUUUUAAAUUACAUUUAUACAGUACUUAAUUGCUGAGGGUAUGCAGUAAUAAAUAUUAUUUUAUAGCA